UCAGGCCCUCACCAUCCACUUGUUUUCUUCAUGCAUGACAUACUCGGUGGGUCGAACCCGUCGGCUACAGCGGUGACCGGUGUGGUUGCCAACCCUGCAGUGAGUGGCCAAGUUCCCUUUGCUAAGCCUAAUGGUGCAAACCUCCCAGUAAACAAUGGGAUUCCUCUCGACAACAACAAUAAUGGGAUUGUUAACAACAACAACGUCCCCUUUCUCACUGGCCUUGGUGGGAACACUGCCAACGGGGUGGUCCAAAGCAAUGGCAACAACCACUUCAUUAAUGGAAUUCCAGUCCUGAAUGGAGGCCAACUGUCUGCAGGGAGUACCCUUCAAAAGCUUAUGUUUGGAACACUGACAGUGAUCGAUGAUGAGCUAACUGAAGGCCAUGAGCUUGGCUCUGGGCUUGUUGGUAAAGCACAAGGGUUUUAUGUGGCAAGUUCUGUAGAUGGGAGCAGCCAGACCAUGGCUUUCACUGCAAUGUUUGAAAGCGGUGGCUAUGUUGAUAGCCUCAGCUUCUUCGGAGUCCAUAGAACCGCUGUGUCAGAAUCUCAGCUUGCAAUUAUGGGUGGAACUGGAAAGCACGUGAAUGCUAAGGGUUAUGCGACUGUUAAGACCUUUCCAGCAAGCAACCAGCAUAACACUGAUGGAGUUGAGACAUUGCUUGAGAUUUCUGUGUAUCUUACUUACUAGUUUCCAGACUGUUAUGAAUUGAAAGUGCCUGUUCCUUGUGUACCAA